AUGAGCUUAACAGAUGGAGAGAAAGGCACCGUGCGUCGCGUAGUUGGCGGAAACGUGAAGGCGAUUGCGGUAGCGCGUCUCUACACAACCAACAACGGUGGAUGGUGCUACGAGGGCAAAUGGGGCGGCCUGGCGCUGGUGGCCGAAAGGGACAGCCACUUCCUGCGCCUGGUCGACCUGGACCGGGGAACUCCCAUCUGGGAGCACGAGCUCUACGACAACAUCGUCUACAGCAGCCCCGCUCCCUUCUUCCACACCUUCGAGGGCCACAAGGCCGUAGUGGGGCUUUCCUUCGCCGACGAGCAAGACGCCCGCGUCCUAUACAACGCCGUCGUCGAUGUGCGGCUCCGUAUGCCCGCUCCCAGUCCCGUCCCCCACAACAACAACAACAACGCCUCCCUUCACCCUGGCGCCCCGGCGCAGCUCGCGCAUUCCACCAGCGGUGUGCCUCCGCCUCGCCUCCAAACCCCGCCGAUGGGCGGGGGCGGCAUGUCCGCCUCGACAUCGAGCUUGAGCGCCCCCGUCCUCAGUCGACCUCCACUCUCACCUCGUAACCCCGGAACGGCUACGAUGAGGGGUACGGGGCCGAGUCCGCCGGGGUCGCUCGACAGCGGAGGCAGCGGCGGCGGAGGCAGCGGCAGCAACACCAACCCAAAGUCGCAGGGGAAGGGCAAGGAAACAAAGAAGAAGGGCUGGUUCAGCAAUAUCACCUCCCGCCUGGGUAUCACAGCGGAAGCCGACGAGAGUGCCAACUACUCGCUCAGCGGUCCCACCAACUUCCGUCACGCCUCACACAUCGGCUGGGAUCACACCAACGGCUUCGAGAUCCGCAACAUCCCGCCCGAGUGGCGCAAGCUGUUCCAAGCCGCCGGCGUCACGAAGAGCGAACUGCGCAAUGGCGACACGGCCAAGUUCAUCAUGGACACGGUGGCGGAAGCCACCAUGGGCAUGAACCCCACCGCCGCUCCCGCGAUUCCCCAGCGCCCCGCCCUCGCCCCGCCGCCGCCCAUACCAAGUGCCCCGGGCUACGGCUCGCCCUCCUUCUCCGGAGGCCCGCCGCCCCCGCCCCCCAUUCCGGCCGGCCCCGGCGCCCCGCCACCGCCUUCCCCGCCCGGCGGCGGUCCGCCCCCUCCCCCGGCCCCGACCUUUCCCGGCCCACCGCCGCCCGGCAUCCCCGCCCCCGGCCCUCCGCCUCCUCCGACCAUGGGCGCCGGCGGCGGCCCGAGCGGCGGCCUGCUUGCGGGCCUGCAGACGGCCAAGCUGCGCAGCGCGACCGAGGCGGUGGCGGGCGGCGGUAUGCCGGACCUGAAGGACCUGGACGAGGUCCAGGGCAACUCGCUGGCCAACACCCUAGCCGCGGCGAUGGCGGCCAGGCGCGGCGCGAUCAAGGACGACCCUGACGAUGAGCUGGACUCAGACGACGAGUGGUCUGCGUAG